UUUGUCAAAAAAAAUUUCAUAAACGUCAGAUUGCUGAAUCUUUGGUUAUGUUUUUAGCAGUAUUAAUAGUCCGGAAUAUAUUAAAUAACAUCUAAAUGACAUUUGAAAAUGAUUAGACGAUUGUUUAGUGUGCUAGAGGCAACAAUACCAUCUGAACAAAUUUCUUACACGCACUCAGUAAUAAAAAAUGAAAAUAUACCUUUUGGAUGGCUUCUUACUGUCGCACCAUGUUUCUCUAUAAGUGGUAAAGAUAUAACGAUUUUAACGGAACCUGAAGAAUUCUACAAUACUCUACUAACAAACUGUUCUACUGCCAAAGAACGUAUUACCUUAGUUAGUCUAUAUUUAGGAAGUGGUAAUUUGGAACAGAAACUAUUAGAGUCCAUAAGGAAUAACAAGAGUUAUAGAAAUAAAAAACUCAGAAUUAAUAUUUUGUUAGAUUAUACUAGAGGAAGUAGAGGUACAUCGAAUUCUAGAAAUAUGAUUUUACCAUUAAUUCAGGAAAAUACUAAUUUGAAAGUAUCUUUAUAUCAUACACCAGAAUUACGUGGUUUUCUUAAAAAGAUUGUACCUGAUAGAUGGAAUGAAUUAUUAGGCUUGCAACACAUGAAAAUCUAUAUUUUUGAUGAUACACUUAUAAUUAGUGGUGCAAAUUUAUCAAAUGAUUAUUUUACUAAUCGUCAAGAUAGAUAUUUUGUAAUCAAGGAUAAAAAUUUAACUGAUUUUUAUUCUGGUUUAAUUAAUGAAGUUCAAGAUUUCAGCUUACAUUUAGAUAAACAUGACAAUAUUGGAUUGUCUAAAAAUUGGAAACAAUUGCCAUACGAAAGCAAUAAGAAAUAUUUUAUCGAAAAAGCUGCCAAUAAAAUAAAAUAUUAUAUACAAAAUGCUAUGGAUAAGAACUGCAACUGCAACGAUAACAAUAAUUCAAAAGACACAUGGAUAUACCCGAUGGUACAAAUGGGACAACUUGAUGUUAAUCAUGACGCCUUGAUUACCAAUAAAAUAUUGGCUGAUGCUCCUCCAGGGAGUAAGUUGAAAAUAGCUACUGGGUAUUUUAAUUUAACAAAAGAUUAUAUGAAUACAAUAAUAGAUAAAUGUGAAGCAGACUGUGACAUUCUUAUGGCUCAUCCUAAGGCCAAUGGUUUUUUAGGAGCAAAAGGUUUGGCUGGGGGGAUUCCCUAUGCAUAUUCAUACAUAGCCAAGAAUUUUAAAAAGUUAUAUGAACAAAAAAAUCAACAACAUAGAAUUCGCUUAUUUGAAUAUUAUAGAGAAAGUUGGACAUAUCACUCUAAAGGUUUAUGGUAUUACAUGCCAAAUGAAAAUGUUCCCUCGAUGACAUUGAUUGGAUCUCCGAACUUUGGAGAAAGAUCGGUGAAACGAGAUUUAGAAACCCAAGUGGCAAUAGUAACAAAAAAUUCAGAUUUGAGUAAUCGCUUGAAUCAAGAAUGUUCGAGGUUAUUUGAAUUAGGAUUGAAAGCAGAAACAGAAAGGAAAGUUCCAGUUUGGGUUAACACUUUUGUUUUAUUUUUCAGGAGUUACUUUUAAAACAUAUUUUAUUGUAGACUUUGUUGAUUUCAUUUUUGAAUAUAUUUAAAGUUGCCAAUUGAGUUUACAUCUUUGUCCGAUCGCGGUUCAAAUCCUUGGGCAAGCCUCACAUUUUGCAUAAUAACAUCAAAAGGUUCAAGCCAUAGCGCCUGAUUGCCUUCUCAAAGGAUUUUGGCCUUUGGUAAUAUCAAUUGGGGCACGGUGGGCCUAUCAGAAGGCCUAUGUGCUUAACGACCCUUGGACGCCCACAACGCUACUAUCAACAUGUUUGCCUUGCUUUUUAGCUUACUUUCCAUGGUUUGUUGAACCACUACUCUAUAUAAUCUAAACAUGAUUUAUUAUCUAGGUUAUGUUAGUACGGGUAUGUUUGAUCUAGAUUGGUCGUGGUUCACUCGGAGGCCUGAGGCCUAUUGUGUUACCCUACAUUUUUCACCAAUUGGAAACUUAGUUAACUAGCUAACCGAUAGAGCACUGUUAGAGAAGAUACUCUAUGGUCUCUUCUUCUUUGCUACACUCUUUUCAACAGCUGUGUAGUUUUUGGAGUAUUGUGCUAACAGUACAAUGUCGAGUAUUUACUCCAAUGGUCUUCUUACUUUCUGUGGUUUGUUAAAGCACUACUCUAUAUAUUCUAAACAUGAUUUAUCAUCUAGGUUAGGUUAGUACAGGUAUGCUCGAUCUAGAUUGGUUGAGGAUCACUAGUAGGCUUGAGGCCCAUGGUGUUACACUACAUUUCGUACCGUUUGGAAACUUAUUUACCUAGCUAACUAUCCUCCCAUGUUUCAAAGUCGUUUCUCACUUCACGAUAGAGCAGAUACUCUAUGGUCUCUUCUUCUUUCCUAUACUCUUUGUAAUAGUUGUACAGUGUCACUCCCCAUUUUUGAAGUCUUGGUUUAACAGUACAAUGUCGAAUGAUCAUAUCAAUGGUCUUCUUACUUUUCAUGGUUUGUUGAACCACUCCUCUAUAUAUUCUAAACAUGAUUUAUUAUCUAAGUUAGGUUAGUACGGGUAUGCUCGAUCUAGAUUGGUUGGAGAUCACUCGUAGGCUUGAGGCUCAUGGUGUUACCCUAUAUUUCGUACCAUUUGGAAACUUAGUUAACUAGCUAACUCUCCUCCCAGGUUUCAACGUCGUUUAUCACUUCACGAUAGGAGCACUCACAUAACAGAUAAUCGAUUAAACGAUAAACGACCAUAUAGACAGUUUUUAUAAGUGAAAGCUGUUCCGACUAAGGAGGAUAGAAAGGCAACGAUUUCUCUAUCCUCCGAGAAUGCAUUCUCAAACAUGUGCAACCUGUACGAGGUAUUUGGAACGAGAAAGAAAAUAGUAUAUUGUCGGCUUCACUGGGACGCUCUUCUAGAGUCAGGCCAAUGAAGCUUUCCCGGCUUUGCCCAAUUUUAGUAGGUUUUCAACAUUUGACUGCUGCAACUGAUAAAGUUAGUCCCAUAAUGGAUUUCAGAAAUGAUUUAUGAAAUGAAAAGGUUAAUAGUAGGACAUUUUAGUUUAAACUGUUCAUAUACGAGGGCCAUUUUUUAUCAACGUCCAAUCGCUCCAUACAUACGCUACGCGGACAAGCACUGUAGACGACUGCGAAGCUCUCGCAUUACACACUCCGUCAUUGUUGACAUUCAGGCGUCAGUCGGCGUUGUGCUACAGCCACGUAAACAUGUCCGCCAUUAAUGAUGCUCCCGCCAAGUGUGAAUUGCGAUGUGUGAUUCGUUUUCUACAGGCUGAAGACCAUAGUGUUGCAGAAAUUGGCGGCAACUUUCUUUGAAGAGGGUAUUGAAAAGCUUGUCCAUAGAUAUGACAAAAGUCGCAAUCUCUUUAGUGAUUAUGUCGAAAAGUAACCGUACCAAUCUUUUAGUAAUAAAAUUAUUGUUUUAUAUAAA